CGCGCUAAACAACAAACGAUUCGUCAAAUGAGCAUGGUAUAAUUAGUUUUUUUCGAUUUUUCGAUUUAUUACCUGAAUUAUGGGGGUCACUGGGUUAUGGAAACUGAUUGACCAAAGUGGAAAACCGGUACCUGUUGACACAUUGGAAAAUAAAGUGUUAGCCGUCGAUAUAUCGAUAUGGUUGCAUCAGGUAGUCAAAGGGUUUCAAGAUUCAAAUGGAGCAACCCUACCAAAUGCCCAUCUACUUGGUUUAUUCCAUCGUCUUUGUAAAUUGUUGUAUUAUCGAAUUAGGCCAGUGUUUGUGUUUGAUGGUGGUGUGCCACCAUUGAAACGGGAAACAAUUGCUAAACGUGCGCGUAACAAGAAUAAAUAUCAAAAUGAAGCGGAUAAACUGCAACAAUUGCUAUUGGAAGCAUUGGCAAAGGAAAAAGUUGUGCAACAAGCAUUGGGACCAUCGACAUCGGCUUUGGUUUCACCACGAAAAUCGGUACAAAAAGUCAAUGAAAAUGAUGAUAAUGACAUGUUCAAAUUGCCACCGAUUCAAGAAGACCUUGUCAAAGACGAUUCCAUCACAGAUAUCAGUGAAAGCGAUAGUUCAUUCGAUGAUAAACAACGCGUAUAUUACAGUAGCAAUCUACAAGCAAUUGAUGUAAAAAGUUCACACUUUCAAAGUCUACCGGCCGAUAUUCGCCAUGAGAUUUUAUCCGAUAUUAAAGAAAUGCGUAAACAAUCUUCAUGGGGGCGAUUGCAUGAGUUGCCAGCUGAAAGUCAAUCAUUUAGUAGUUUUCAAAUGAAACGAUUGCUAAAAAGACGACAAGUACAGGUCGAAUUGGAAGAAGCGGAAAAAGAAAUGGGCGGCAAAGGUUUGUCGAUGGCUGAACUUGAGAAUUUAUUAUCAGAAGAAGGUGUCGUUGAUCCAGACAUUGCAACCGAACGAGUGGCUUCAAAUGAACACAUUCGAUUUUUGCAUGUUCGUGAUAUUACUAAGGCAAUGAAAAAAGAAGCCGAUGAAAAGGUCAAACAAGAACAAUUGAAUGUAAUUGAAGAAGAGCCAGACGAAAAUGAAGUGACACCAAUGGUCAAGAGUGAAGAUAUGACCGACGAAGAUUUUGAUUUGCAAAGAGCAAUUCAAAUGUCCUUGGGCGGCGAGGAUCCACUUGGCGAUGCCAACACAACGAGUGAAUGUGAUACAGUUCGAUUGACAGUUGAACAACGAAAAGCACUUGGAUCGGCCGCCAACUCAUUGGCAAGACACUAUAUGGUCGAAUAUGGUGGCAUGAACGAUGAAGAAGUUUCCGAUUUGGUGAAAAUUGACGAAAGUUUGAAUGCUACACAAGAGUUCAAAUUCAACGAUGACAGCAUUCUCAUUGGUAAAAUAGAUAGAAAUGCUCCAUCAACAUCAACCUUUCAAGCAAAAGAAAUAUCGCAAAUGCUAAGCGUUGAGAAAGAGAAAGUGAUUGACAUAUCGGAGAGUUCAGAUGAUGAAGCCAAUGUGUCAAGUGGUGCCGAUUCCGAUUUUAUCGAUGUUCCCGAAAUAGAUUUUGAAGUUGAUCAAGCAUUUUUGGCAAGAGCUAAGCGUCCGUUACCACCACCGUUUCUCAUGAAUGAAAUUCCAUUUGAUUCUAAGUCGGUCGAGGAGACGACUGGUUCAAAAAUUGAGGUCACCAUAAAUCCUGCCGAUAUUUGUGAAAUUGAAGACGAUGAUAUAUUUGCUGACAUUUUCACAGAAACAGAGACAAAAUCAGAUGUAAAAUCAAAGGAGGAGAAGUGUAAAAUUGUGAUGGAAACUGUCAUAAAAAUUGACGACAGUCCACAAAAAGCUGUUCAAAAUGAUGAAAGAUCAAAAGAGCCAAAAGAAAAAUCGUUUGAAUCGGCCGAGACAAAAAUGGUAUCGAAUUCGGAUAAAAACUCAUCCGAUUCAAAAAUGCAGAGUAUUUUGAAUGAAUUGAAUGUUAAAAAAUCAACCGUCACACAGCUAAGUUUGGAUGAUUUGCUCGGAACAAAAUCCAAUCGAUCUGAAACAGCGGGGACCAGCAAAGAAACUUCAUUUUUGGACAAAUUAAAACAGGAUAAAAUAGAAGACGCAUCCAAUGAGAUGACAACACCAACGAAGAUACCUCAACCAUUUUUCGUAAAAAAGACACCGCCCAGUUCAAAGAAGAAAUCGCCAGCUAGUGCAAAAAACGAUGACAUCUCCUCUGCUAGUCCAUCAAAAGCGGUAAAAUCUCUUGCGGAUGCCUUUGAAUGUCUACCAUCACCAUCAUCACAAUCUGUCGCUGAAAAAGAUUCAGUGGAAAUGGCAGCUGGUGUUUUGCGUGAAAAAAAAUCAAAAGAAGAGCUUGAAGAUAUUGCGGAGCAAUUGAAUCAAGAGCGCCGUGAUUUGGUGGCAGAACGAAAUAAAAAAGACCGUUUAGGUGUAUCGAUUACCGAACAAAUGAGCAUGGAAUGUAUGGAUCUGUUGAGAUUAUUCGGUGUACCGUAUAUCGUUGCACCCAUGGAGGCAGAAGCGCAGUGCGCAUAUUUGAACGAAAUCGAACUAACUGAAGGAACCAUUACCGAUGAUAGUGAUAUCUGGUUAUUUGGUGGAAAAACUGUGUACAAGAACUUUUUCGAUCAAAAUAAGCAUGUACUCGAGUACAAAUCAGAGAAUAUCCAUCGAUUAUUCCAUUUGGACAGGCACAAGUUGAUUCAGCUCUCCUUUUUAGUUGGCAGCGAUUAUACACAAGGCAUUCAUGGCGUAGGUGCAGUUACUGCUUUGGAGGUUCUUUCUUUUUUUCCUGCCACACCCGAAAAGGAAGGUGAAACAACGAACGUCGUUUCAAUCAUAUCCAGUCUACGCAAAUUUCGAGAUUGGUGGCAAAACAAGGCACAUGGCUAUAAAGCGAAUGCACUACGGAAAAAAUUAAAGAAUAUUAAAUUGACCGAAGAUUUUCCAAAUAUUCGGGUUGUGGAGGCAUAUUUAUAUCCAACUGUGGACGAAAAUCGGGAGAAAUUUACUUGGGGCCAUCCUGAAUUGGAGAGUCUUCGCGAAUAUGCGAAAAAAACUUUUGGCUGGACGAAAUCUCGAACAGAUGACAUUAUAUUACCGGUGAUGAAACGUCUGAGCGAGAAGCGAUCACAACAAUCAAUUCAAAACUACUUCAAAAUCACCGGCAUUACAUCACGAACGGAUCUAAAAGUAAGCAAACGGGUUCGAACAGCAUUGAACCAAAUGGAUCCAGAAGCACCUAUAGUAAUUGAUGAUGAUAAUGAUGAUGGUGUUGGUGUUGUGCCAGAGAAGAAACCGAAAAAGAAACCAACAAAGAAAACGGCUGCAAAAAAUGACAAAGACACAACUAAUAAAUCAAAAGGCAAGCCUGGACGUAAGCGAAAAAUGGCGACCGACACGAUUGCAGAGCAGCAACACAUCAACAGCGAUGCGAAACCAAGUACUUCAGCCGUCAAUGGUACAAAGAAAAUCAUACUUCCAGACAACAAUGAACCAAUACCACAACGCGAAAAAGACAAAGAGAUUAUGGAGAGUAACCGACUAAAGGCCAUCGAAGUACUGAAGAAAAUGAAAACCAAAAUUAAAAAGAAAUAAGAUCGAUGUUCCAUCCAACACGAUUUUUUUUUAUCGUAAUUUUAUUUCCAUGUCUGUGUUGCAAAAAAUCCAGUUUCACAAAAUUGAAUGGAUGUAUUCAAUUUUAACAAGCAGAGCUAUAGCACAUUACAUUAUAGAUAUUUGUUCUGUUUGUUUUCUUAAAUAAUAAUAUUAUAAAUGGUAUAAUA